AUGCCUGAUUCACCGUAUGUGACGGCAAUUUUUGACCUUAUACGAACUACAAACUUCAAUUAUCACCUUGCAAGGCAAACACUUCGGGAUGCCGUAGAUGCUCAUCUUAGAGGGCCGUUAGUAUUGGAAUGGGCACCGAAUUUGCGUGUUCCCUGGACCGAUCAUUGCCAGACCAUUCGCCGAGACAUAAGUUGCGUUGAUCUUAGAACUGACAAGACUUCUCGAACAUCACGAAGCUCCGUCGAUACGACAAUGAGGUCGAUAUAUGACGAACCGACGGCCAGAUCUUCUUAUACCAGUGUUUAUCGGCAAAAACAAAUGCAAAAACAACCACGGAAGUACGGUAGAACUAGCCGUGUGUCAGAGCCACAAAGGCGGACAAGUGAAACAGAGGUGUCUCUGGUAAGCAAGGUUCCACCAGAGAAGCCUACGCUGAGGUUACCUGUGAAGAAAAGCCAAUAUGUGAGGGCAGAUGAAGAUGACAACACAAAAACGGCAAGGAUUCCUUUAAUGGAAGAACAACCUAAGCCUGAAAAGAAACGCUCCUCUAGCCAAAAACCAUCGAGUGAUUCAAGAAACAUUCAUGGGGUACCGCUAGCAGAAGAUGAUGAGGAUAAAAAGCGUAAGACUGAAAAAAGAAGUCCGACUCGUAGGUAUAGGGUGCCAAAACCAGGCGAAAACGUUCAAGGGCGCCCAUAUAUUGAUGAUGAAGAUGACAAGCGCAAGCUUAAGAGCUCAACAUCACGUAGCCGGUCCCAAUCACGCAUACAACAGCGUCAACAACAACAACGUCAACAACAACAACAACAACAACAAAGAAGACCGUCUCCACAAAGGCAAAGGCCGAGUCGGCAAAAAUUCAGAAGACGAGGGGAACAAUUUUCGUCCGGUAGACGUAAAGAGGCUGCACGAGCUGUUUCCUAG